CCUUUAUUGAAUAAACUCUUUUUAACCGUUUAUAAAAUAUUGAUUAUCACAUUAAAAAUACAUAACUUAAGCCCAAUAAGCAAUGAAGUGGUAGUGUCUAUCAAAAAUAAUUGGCUGACCUAAAAGCAAAGAAAAUGGCAACAGCAUUUCCAAGUGACAAAAUACACAUCACUGUUGAUGCAAAUUUGUUAACUUGUCAAAUAUGUAUGGAGAACUUUGACAGCCCAAGAAUUCUCCCAUGUCAGCAUACCUUUUGCAAAAAUGUAUCGAAACAAUAAUCAAGAAAAUUUGCUUCGGAAAUCAUGGAAUUGACAAUUUUAAGUGUCCGGUUUGUCGGCGACAAUGCAAAACUUGGAAGGGGGGAAAGGACAUGGGUGUCAUCAUGAAAGCUUUUCCUGAAAACAGACUUAUGAAUGACUUGCUUGAAGGAAGAGAAAAUGAAUCAAAACAUGUACACCAUGCAGUUUUUAUUGAACAGGAAAAUAAAGAUAACAUUAAAUUGCCGAAGAAAGUACUGAAAUCUCUGUGGACGUAUGUGUGUAUCUUAAACAUUUUCAAAACCUUUUCGGUGAAGUUGGACUUGUUAAGCUUUCGGAUAGGAAAAAAGCAAGCACUACUUAACGGACACAUUAAUCGAAAAUUUGUGGCAAAGUUUAGUACAAUUUUACUUAAUAACAUUGAAGUCAAUGACGACGAAUCACACGGUAUUCCAAACACCACAGUACCUCUCGUACAGCAAAUAGAAACUAUUGAGUCAAAUAUCAAGUGCCUGUGUGGGGACGCUAUUAAUAGAACGUUUCUGAAGGAUUUAGUGGAAUCAGACUGGAUUGAUCCUAACGAUCCAAAAUAUAAAUACUCACAAACUUUCCCGAACAGAAUUUCGUUAAUGCUCGGAUUCAGUAACCUUUCUUCUUUGAGCUAUAUUGGGUGGGAAAUCGUUUCUAAAAACUCGUAUUUUCCAAUGUUUGUGUAUUUUACCGGAUCGUCUAAGCUUUUUCCUAUAUGUAUUGGUACAUUGAAAUUACUUGGAAGUCUGUGUCUUACUUAUAUGUAUGGCAUUCUCACAUGGUGGUCUGUGUUAGCUUUUGUUUUGUUUAUUUUCACAGUAUACCUUAGAUUGUGGACUACUUUCUUAAAUCGAAAAAGGUGGGUUUACGCGCCACUUUUUAACAGAACAAUGACCAACUUAUGCUUACAUCACAUUGCAGUUGAUGAUUUUUCUCCCGUAGGGAAAAUUACACACGCCAUACAGUAUGUAGAAAACGUGUGCCGCUUCGUUUUCUUGGGUUAUGCGUUGUAUGAAUAUGUAUUUUCAUUUGUAAAAAUGCCCAUGCUUUUCUACCUUGUAUACGAUAUUGUGAUAGAAAUUGUUUGCAUCGUGGUUUUGCGACCUGUUGCAGAUAUGUCUACAUGCAGGUACCUUCGACAACGCAAAUGACUUGCUAGACGGGGUAGAAAAACAACCGUUACAGAAUGCUGACUUGUUUAAAUAAGUUUCCAUGGCAUCAGCAGUUCAUUUUAUAUAUCAAUCCCACAUCUUUCAGAUAACUGGUGACUCUUUAUUAUGUUGGUAUCAAGUGAAAGGCAUUGCGAAUGCUGGAAAAGAAGAUGUAGAACAUAACCAAAACUAAGGCAACCAACUUGUUUGAGCUUCAAAGAUUGCAAAAUAUAUCAUGUAUAUGCCAUUUCAAUUGAAAUAAAUAAGAUUAAAUUCAAACUGUUACGAAUGUAUGUGUAAUGCACUUUCGGUCUUCCAUUGAUUUAUAAGUUAUCAGGGGCGGGACCCAAAUCUGGCGUAAGAGGGGCGUAACUGAGGGGCGUAAGCGUUUGACUUGCGCCCCUUUCUUAGAACCGAAAUUUAUUUCAUUUAGACGGAUGGUAGGGGGUUCAGGGGUUCUCCCACAAGAAAAUGUCAACCAAUUUUAAUUCGAAAUGGUUCAUUUUGGAAGUAUUUUAUUACCCUUUUUCCUCCUAUAUUGAAAUAAAUUAGUAAACAAAUACCUUAAGAUACUUAAAGAGAGCUAGCUUUUUUUGAUUGGGUACCUUAAACGUAAUUUAUUAUGUCUCAAUUGUUAAUAAAUGAAAUUGCCGAGCAGUAGCCAAAACAAAGCCAAGAACAAACCCAUACUUCAAUUCCACAUACAAAGUACGCAUGCGUGGGAAACCGCUUCUACAUAACUCGUCCUUCAACUACAAAAACAGUACUCCUACUUUUCUAAUCAUAUACAAAUAUAGUCACUCAUUGUUAUAUUUCUCACAUAUAAAACUCAUACCCCUACAUCACAUGGAUAAUACUAAUAUUUUUACUUCAAAUAUAAAGUAACGCAUACUUCUAUUUCACAUGUAUAUACUAAUCAUAUUUCUAUUUCACCUGUAAAUAGUACUAAUACUUCUGUUUCACAUAUAAAAUUAAGCCAAACCUGGUUGGCUCGAACUCACAGGAUCCGGCGAAAAUACCUCGAGGCUCGGAAAAUUGGAGUCAAAUGGAAAUGCUAACCUUUAGUAUAGAGAAAUCGUUCCUUUACAUCUAGUUCGAGCCAACGAGGAAUUCGAUCCAAGAGAGUUCGAGUCAAUAAGGAAGUCGAUCCAAGAGAGUUCGACCCAACGAGGAGUUCGA